AUGUCCGAUCUCGACUGGGACGACGACGAGUUCGAGGUCCCCGACCUCGCGAAGGACGAACCGCCGAAGAAGGCCAACGUCUUCGACGAGGAAGAGGAGGAAGACGAGGCCCCGGUGAUUAAGAAGCCGUCCGCCAAGCCCGCGCCGGCGAAGAAGAAAGCGGCGGAGUACGUCGACGAAACCUUGGCCGAUCCCGUCGCGGAGAAGCUUCGCAGGCAGAAGCUCGUCGAGGAGGCGGACUUGGAGGCGGCGAAGGAGCUCUUCGGCACGGACGGCGAGGAGAUCGACCUCGGGACGUACGCGCCCAAGUCCGAGAAGGAGUUCGUGAAGUUUGGCACGCUCGUGGCGACCAAGUACCUCACGCCGUUCAAGACGUCGGCGUUUUACAAGGAGGCGAUCAAGUCGUUCGUCAAGUCCGCGACGAAGACGAUGUCCGCGGCGGAGGUGAAGGAGGUCGAGGCCGCGAUCGUCGCGAUUCGGAACGACAAGGUGAAGAGCGAGAAGGCGGAAUCCGCGGCGGCGGCGAAGGCGGCAUCGGCGUCCGCGACGACGACCGGCAGCGGCAAGAAGAAAAAGUUCCUCAACCAAGGCGGCAAGGGCGGGGACUCGGGGUUGGAGGACUACAAGUACGACACCAAGGGGGGGAACUACGACGACGAUUACGAUUUCAUGUGA